AUGAACGUAGAUGUUUUCAAUACAGCUUCAAGUUAUUUGAAAUUUCUGCAUCAAAUUCGUAAAUCUGUAACAAAGCCCUACCAUCUUAUGCCGGAUCUACACAACGCCGUUCUUGCAGAACUACCGUCCAAACAAACUCUCGCUUUUAAACUCAAUUUGGUGAGUGCCGCCUAUGGUCAAAUAAACCUCGCGAUCAAAUUAACUGACCUUUACAUGAUAGGCUUUAACUGGAUCUGCAAAGAAAAGAUGGAGAACAAAGAGAGAUGGAGAAGAAAGAGAAAAAAAGGCGGCGAGAUUCCACAUAGUGGCAUUAGAGGUGGUGGAAGCCUGGACACUCGCCUUGAGUUGGAGAAGAAUAUCUUGCGGAGUCCUUCCAUUCAUCACGCAGUUCUGAAACUCAAAGCUCCAGAGUGGAUCUAUCUCCUUGUUAUAAAUUGGGCUAAACUAUUAAGAUAUCAUUUGAAAAACUAUGAUCAUUUAACAAUGGUUUUCUGCUCCCUCAGCGUAACGACGGAAAACGAAAAGGAAACUGAAGACUUACUAGGACUUGGUACAGAUUUUCCACUUGCUUUGAAAUCCAUAAGAUCAGUGGUCCUACAAAGUUCUUUCCAGGCAAUAGAACUCAUGUUUGUGGAUGCCUUGAUAAAAGCUAAUGAUGCUCUUCAAAUUGUGGCCUACAUCGAGUAUCAGUUUUACGACACGAUACUGAAAGCAAUUGAAACUUCUUCUGGCCAAGAUUUUAAGGAUUUCAUGGGUAUAAUUGGACUUUGUACCAGAAAUGAAACUGGGCCGAUGACGAGGGUCAGUCAAGAAUUCGGAGAUGAGGUGCAGGCGGUAAGGGAGGCUGCCCUGUAUACUGUGGCUGCUUUGGCUUCUGUGGCUGAACAGUUGUUUCUUGAUGAAGUAGAGGUUGGCCUUUUUCAGGCCAUAAUAAAGGCCGCAGGGUGUAUUCAUCCGCUGGUUUCUAUAGUUUUCCCCUACAUUGAGCCAAUCCUCAGUAGCAAUGCCCCUGUUGAUGUGAUAAAAGAAUUCUUUCAAGUUUCAUUUGAUCUUUUCGUGAGAAUAGUUCUCCACCAUAGCAAAAUGAAGAACGCAACCCAGUGCUUAGCUGCACUCGUGUCUGUUUGGAAACAAGAUAUGCUUUCUUGGUCUGGUGUUCCUGCUUUCACAAUGAGAAGUUUGCUGGAUGUAGCUUGGAAGCUUCUAGACCCUGAACUAGAAACUUCCAGAUCGCUUUUUGUCGGCAGCUAUAUUCUACAGCUUAUCUUACAUUUGCAUUCACAAAUGGCGCAACACAUCAGGGACCUUGUGACUGCACUUAUGAGACGCAUGCAGUGUUCACAAAUUGCGGGACUGAAAUGUUCAUUGCUUCUAAUUUUUUGCGAGAUUGGCAUAUGCUCCAAAGCCAAGAAAUUGCCAUAUCAAUGGACAGUUGUUCCACUUCCUGCUAAGAUUGUGGCUAUACUAGCGGACACUUUACUAGAAAUCCAAGAACAAGUAGGUGGGGAUAAUGAGGAUAGCGACUGGGAAGAAGUUGAGAAUGAAGAUGAUGAACUAUUGUUAUAUCUGUUUAUUAGAUUGAAUAACCGUGUAAUCCUGCACAAAUUUCAGGAUGAUAACUUAGGGAUUUUGUUACUCCAUGGCCCAUUCUUGCCAGCCAAGUCUGCAAAUUUCCACAAAUUUUACUUGCGUCAAAGCAGUUUGUUCCCGAUUUGA